CUGGAGAAUUGGAGAAAACGAGGAUCGUGGGGGGAUAGCUGUAGAGUAAAAAAAAUCUCCCAUUGGUGAGGGGACCAAAUCUCCAUGUUUUGCAAGAGGAGGUUGGGGAUAAGAAGAUGGGCUUUUUUUUGAACAAGAGAGAAAGCGGACGGAGGCGACGGAUGCAUUUUCGAGUCGUUCUGGUGUUGCUGCUCGCUCUCCUCCGGGGGAUCGCUGCAGGAGGUCAAUCACCUGGAGGGGGCAAUGUCGUGGCUGCCAUUGGCUCGUCAGUUUUACUGGAUCCUGAAUAUGGAGCGAAUCUCAGUGACAGUCAGGUUGAGUGGACGUUCAAAAACAGCAGUGGAAAACUGCUUACUAUUUUGGAUUACGUACCAAAUUCUCCAGUACAGAAACCAAAUAAACACUACCAUUCCCGUUUACGUUUUAAUGCAUCCAAUGGAUCAAUAAUGGUAGGCAAUCUGAAACCGAGUGACCAAGGAGUAUAUACCAUCACGGUGAAUGGUACCUGGAACAGGAGCAUGGAUCUGAAACUCAUUGAACCACUGUCAGAACCCACGAUUGUCAAUAAUUGUACCUGUGUGGAUACUGCCGUUCAACUCAUUUGCCAGGUGUCUGGGGGGAGCGAGAUCUCUAUUCUGUGGUGGAAAGGCAACAAGAUGUUAACGAGUAGUCAAUACUAUCAGUUAGUGCAAACCAACAGCACAUUGAUUAUUUCUGAAGCACAAAUAUCAGACUGCGGGACCUACACUUGCACAGUAGAAAACCCUGUUAGCCAGAAGAAUGCAUCAUAUUCUCUCAGGCUUCGUGGCCUGACACAUCUGCACCAUUGUGUUUUGGCAUUAUCUGUUGCAGCAUUGGUCACUGCUGGUGCCAUACUGAUCACCGCUGUUGCAACCCGUUUGGAUGACAUCUUGUGUGUGAGCAAUUACGGGUGCCUGUUUAUUCGAGAGAUGAUGCGGCGUUUGUUGAAGUUUGCACCAGAGCUUUCGUUCCUUUCCUUUUCCGUUGCAUGCCUAUGUUGGAUACUGACUGAAGUUUGCCUAGACAUGCCCGAUACACUGCCUACACUGAGUCAAUUGAUUGCAAACACAAUCCAAAUUGUGCACAUAAUAGGAUAUGCUGGGAAUGCUGGAAUCAGUUUUGUUCUGUCAAUGUCUUGGCUUCUCCAUCUCACAGUAGUACUUUCAAAUUAUCGUUUCAUCCGUGACAAACCCAUAUUAGACAAGAUCAUCUCAAACAAGUUUUGCCGUGUUAUCCUGAAUGUCGCAGCUCCUGUCAUCGCUGUGUUUGGGCCGAGUAUCCUCAUCGGAGAAGUAAUGAAACAAACUGAUAGCGAUUGUGACUCAGCAACCAGCCUGCGAUCAACUAUAAUGCUGACUGUGGGGAUAACAUUGCUUAUUCUUGUUGCAAACUUUGUGGCCUAUGAAAUAUACAUCAACUGGAAAAAACAGCCAACUGGAACUCCUCCUGCAAAUACGAGUCUCGGAGAUUCUGAUCAGCAUCAAUAUACUGAGCAGAAGAAAACACCCCCAUGUCCAGGACACACAGCUACCACUGAACUGGUGACUCAGGGAUUACUGCUACCUGAGAAGAACUGUAAACCUUGUGAUUAAAGCACUACCUGAAAUUUGCACUGUAAAUACUGAGAAA